AUGCCAGCCAAGAGAAGCACUGCAAAGCCAUCAACCAGCCGAUGCAAUGCCGAUAGGAGUCCACAGUCAGAUGAUUCCGCAUACAAGAUGAAAAGAAAAAAGAAUAAUGAGGCAGUGCAACGCACGCGUGAAAAAACAAAGAAAUCUGCCGAGGAUCGGAAAGAUCGCAUCGAGAGAUUAAAGAUCGAAAACAUCGAUUUAUUGGCACAAAUUCGUGCAGAAAAGCGACACAUUGGCACGCUGCGUGAUCUGAUUAUACAGGGCAAAAAGACCGAAGAACAGGAUCGUCAGGUCGAUGAGAUAUUGAGAACGUCUGAUGAGGACGACGACGACAACAACGACAACUAAAACUCAAAAUGACAAACGAGCAAUUGUUUUUAAUCUAUUUAAUACUAUUCACAUAUUUUUAAGCGUGAUAAUCUACUACUAACCGUCAUAUACGUCGAGUUUUUCCAUGUGCAAUGAGAAAACCUCGUCCAUUUUGUGUCGUUCAAUGUAAUAAAUCAACGUAAAAUGUAA